UACACUAGACUCUCAAGUGCCCAACGAUCAAUCAUUCAUUCCCCGUUUUCUUCAACCAAAAUCAUUUUGAUUCCGUGCCGCAUAAUAUAACCGGACAAACAACUUAAGCAUGUCCUAUCAAAAAAAAAAAAACUUAAGCAUCUACUCACCUCAACACACCUCACGUAUAUAACCAGCCAAGAAGAAAGCAGACGCAGACACAGGAGGCCAGCAGAUUAGCGAGACAGAGAGAGAUUCAAAAAGCUUGACACGAACCAUUAGUUGCUGCUGCUGCUUUGGCCUUUUUGCGCUUUUGGCUUUCGCAUCUCAACCGUGCGAGAAAUCGACACGGCCGGAAGCUGCUGCUGCGCGCGAUGGAGGAACAAAGGACCGGUUCCAGCGCUGUCGCCACGGGUCCUAGCACCUCCUCCUCCUACUCCACCGCCGACGCCGACGCCGACGACAAUGGCGCCGCCGGCGGCGCCAAGGUCUGGGUCCUCGUCCUCCUCUUCUCCCUGCUCGUGCUGCUCUUGCUCCCCUCCGCGGUGCGCCGAGGCGGCGGCGGCUUCCAGCGUGGAGGGAUUACCCUCAAGAGCGGCUGGGACGUCGUCAACCUCUGCCUCGUGCUCUUCGCCAUCCUCUGCGGCCUCCUCGGCCGCGGCGGGGGCGACAACGAUGGGGAGGCCCCCGGCGCCGCGGUGCCUGCGCCCAAGAGCCAUCCUCUGGUGUCCUCGGCGGCGGUGGCCACGCCGGAGCCGUCCACGGAAGACGUGUGGGCGAGCCUCAACAACUCCUACACCAACCACAACGCACACACGGGGAUCCGGCGGAUGAAGAGCAGCAGCUCCUACCCCGAGCUGCGGCUGGACAGCGACGGCGUCUGGGGCCUCGCGUCACCGGAGUUGGCCUGGCGCUCGUACGACGACGCCGAGCUGUACAGGACCCGGCGAGAGGAGCGGCCCGACAGGACCCGCGGCGUCGAUCGGUCGCUCAGGAGGACGUCGUCGGAUGUGAAGACGAUCCCGGUGGACACCUACGAGGUGCUCCCUCAGGGUGCGAGGAGGCGGAGGCGGAGCGUCGAGAGGCUCCCCAAGAUGGUUGAGGUGGAGGAGGAGAGGAUUCAUCCCACGCAGAUUCUCGCUACACCGGCGAGGAGCAGGAAGUGGAGCCCGGAAGAGCUGGGCGCUACGCUCUCGGGGAUGGCGUCCGCACAACUACCACCUGCCCCGCCGCCGCAGCCUCGCCGUCGCCGCCGCAGCCUCCCCGAGAUGGUUGAGGUGGAGGAGGAGAGGACGCAUCCCACGGAGACUCUCGCUACUCCGGCGAGGAGCAGGACGUGGAGCCCGGAGGAGCUGCACGCUACGCUGUCGGGGAUGGCGUUCGCGUACCCACCACCUGCCCCGCCGCCCCAGCCUCGCCGUCGCCGCCGUAGCCUCGAGAGGCUACCCAAGAUGGUUGAGGUGGAGGAGGAGAGGACGCAUCCCACGGGGACUCUCGCUAUGCCGGCGAGGAGCAGGACGUGGAGCCCGGAGGAGCUGGGCGCUACGCUAUCAGAGAUGGCGUCCGCAGAACCACCACCUGCCCCGCCUCCGCAGCCUCGCCAUCGCCGCCGCAGCCUCGAGAACCUGCCGAUAAUGGAAGAAGUGGAGAAGGAGGUUAUAGUGGAAGAGAUCAAUAAUCUGCGGUCGUCAUCGCCAGCCAUGUUACCCCCAGGGACUCCGCCGCCACCACCUCCUCCGCCACCGGCGACAAUGUCGAGGAGCAAGAAGAAGAGGAGCGGCAGCGUGGGCGGCGCAAAGGAACUGGCCUCCGCCAUUGCUCUGUUCUACCAGAAGAAGCGGAAGAGCAUAAUCAUGAAGAGGGAGAGGCACCACCACCACCACCAUCUCUCCGAUGACCACUACUCGUCGCCUUCGUCCGAAGCAUCUGCAAGCCCCGAAGCUACCGGCCGUACCAAUCCUCCACGCCCUCCACCGCCGCCACCCCCUCCCCCGCCGCCGCCGUCAUCCAUCUUCUCCAAUCUCUUCAAGAAAGGAGGCAGCAAGAGCCGCCGCAUUAACUCCCUCGCGCCACCUCCGCCCCCACCAACGCGCCGAUCAAGGAAACCACCACAGCCUCCGUCUCGCCCUGCUCCUCCGCAGCCACCGCUGGCUCCGGUGAGGACACGGCCGCCGCGCGCGAGCUCGCACCAGCACCCGCAGCAGCAGCCACGCGCGCAGGGGUAUCCGCAGCAGCCGCCACUGUAUCCCAGGCGCGGUGUCGUCUACUACGCCUACCCGCUUCCUCCGCCGUUGCCUCCAAUGCCGCCACCGCCUCCUCCACCGCCGAUGCUGGAGGGGGAGGAGGAGGAGGUUCCGUCGGUCACAGCGUCGCCGGCACCGUCAUACUGCGCGAGCCCCGACGUAAACACCAAGGCGGACAACUUCAUCGAACGCUUCCGCGCCGGGCUGAAGCUGGAGAAGAUCAACUCGUACAGGGAGAAGUUGCAGAUCCAAGAAGGCGCGACCGUGACCGUGACGGAGGAGGACGGGGAGUUCAUGGUCAUUGGGUCCCUCUUCGAAGAUGACGACGACGAUAUCUCGUUGCCGGAGACGCCGGCAACCGCCACAGCGGCCGCUGUUGCCGUCGGCUUCUAAAUUCUACUACUUCUGACUUCUGAAGUGUUGCAUUGACGCUUGGAAAAAAGACAGAGAAAAACGAAUAGAAAAACAAAAAAAGGAACUUAGUUUGUUUUUUGGGUUUGUUUGCGGUUUCUUUUCCAUGAAAUUUGUUUCACUUUUCUUCCCAUUUUUUGGGAGAGGCUAGGAGAAUUGACAGUGAGAUUGGAUUAUUGAUUCCUUCUGGAGAGGAUCAAUUCAGUGUUGAGGUUAUUACUCUAAUUGAAGGAGUGAUAUAGGGAGCUUUAUGCGCAUGUUUUAAAAUGGCCAGAAAGCUCGGUGAGGUGAUUUAAA